AUGGCUUUCCCCAGACCUUCCUGCCUCCGCGGUGCACAGAGCUUUGGCCGAACUGCCUUCCGGCGAGCUGGUAAUCAAGCUCGAAGUACCGCUUUUAGAAAUGCUGGCCGGAGAACCUAUGCUAGCGGUCAUGAAGUCAAGCAGAGCAGUGACCUUCCAUGGAUGAUCGGCGCCGCUGCCGUCACCAUUCCUGCCUCGUUCUGGCUCCUUGGUCAAGGCCCGCAAAAGACAUCACACGGCCACGACGACCACGCAGAGAAACACGAAGACGGUGGAGAAGACGAGUCUGCUCAGGAGGGCAAAGAUGAGACGCCCGAUGAGGGAUCCGGAGAUGAGCCCAAGGCCGAGUCUAAAGACGAUUCCAAGGACGACUCCAAGGACGAUUCGAAGGAUGAUUCAAAGGAUGAUUCUGGCGACGAAUCGAAAGACAAGGCCAGCGAUGAUGCUGAGGACGACUCCAAGGCUCCCCAAGACGAAGAAAACGAGGGCCCGAGCUCUGGAAGGAAAGAACAAUACUUCAGAAACCCUAACAAAAAGCCAGGCGAGGGUCAGAAGGGGGAGCGAAGCGCAACCGAGAAGAAAGGCGAGAAGGACUCCCAAAGCAAUCACUCUGGCGCAAAACACCCGUACAUCGAUGAUUCAGAGAAGAGUAAAAAGUCUGCUGGCCCUACCGACACUGCUAAGAUCCACGGCAGCGCCAAGCCAACCUACCAUGAGGACAAUGACAAGGAGAAGGAGUCUGAGGAGAAAUAG